AUGGUCACCCGGGAUCGACCUGAGAAUAGGGAUGGCCCCAAGAUGCUGAAGCCGUUGGUGGAGAAGCGGCGCCGGGACCGCAUCAACCGCAGCCUGGAAGAGCUGCGGCUGCUGCUGUUGGAGAGGACCAGGGACCAGAACCUCCGGAACCCGAAGCUGGAGAAAGCGGAGAUCCUGGAGUUCGCCGUGGGCUACUUGAGGGAGCGAAGCCGGGUGGAGCCCCCGGCGCCGGCUGCACCAGGGGUUCCUCGGUCCCCAGGCCAGGACGCCGAGGCGCUCGCCAGCUGCUACUUGUCCGGUUUCCGCGAGUGCCUGCUUCGCCUGGCGGCCUUUGCGCACGACGCUAGCCCGGCCGCCCGCUCCCAGCUUUUCUCCGCGCUGCACGGCUCCCGGCGCCCCAAGCCGCCCCGGUCAGAGGCGGCGGAUCCGGGGCUCCCGGCGCCGCGCCCACCGCUGGACCCUGCCUCUCCGGUCGUUGGCCCCGCGCUGCAACGGGGCCCUCCCAGUCCGCGCUGCGCCAGGUCCCCGUCCCACUGCUGCCCACGCGCCGGGGAUUCCAGCGCGCCGGCGCCCCUCACCGGACUGCUGCCGCCACCGCCGCCGCCACCGCCACCGUACAGACCAGACGGGGCGCCCAAGGCCCCGCCACUCCCGCCGCCCGCGUUUUGGAGACCUUGGCCCUGAGCUUUGCGGGGCUGGGGCGGGGUUUGGGGGUGGCGUAGAGACUCCAGCCAGAGGGCAGGAGAGGGAUCCGGGCGUCCGGGGCGAGGAGGGCAGCGGGGGCGCGCGGGCUCAGCGCGCGGGUGAGAUGUGGUCUAUAUUAGAGUGUCUAUAUAAAUAUAUAUUUUCCUGUCCCUUUCCCCUGCUCCGUUACCCUAUGUGUAGGAUUGUACUCUCUCUACCCCAGCCCAGUCCCAUACCCUCCCCAAGUCCCUAGUGCAUGGAAUAAAAUGGUUAUUAAAUCCCGGUGUGUCCCCUAACCAGGGGCCUGCCUUUAUAUCGGCGCCAUGCCCACUUGCCCGUACCAUUCUUCCACCUUCAGGCCUGCUCUCCACGGCUCAAGCCUUGGGGCAGACAGGUAAGUAAAGAGCCGAGCGGCAGACUGAGGUGGAAACUGAACCUGAAAAUAAAAUGAAUCUUUACGUAAAAGCCAAGAAAAGUCU